UGACUGGAAAAUAACCAGCAAAAGGAGACAGGAAUAGCAGAGGCAGGAUCUGGCCUGUUAGGUACAGACUGAAGGUGCAUUAGUCCUGGAUGGAAAAGGAAAAUCCUCGCCGUCAUCUUUCUCCUCCUGCUUUUCCAGAAAGGUCAACCCUGUAAUGAACUGCCGAUUUGUCCAGGGUGUACCCUGCCUCUCGCCUCAAUGUCAGCCCCCCCCCACGACUCUGCAAAGACAGAAGAUGGAUGGAUGGACGGAUGGACAUUCAUGCCAAAAGGUCAAGGGUUGCCACUUUGCCCGGGGGAGGAAAAGCACAUGUGACACUGGAUCCUGGCAGGGCUAAUGGUCAUUACUCGCCCCCUGCUGCUGCGCCUCUCUCACAUCCGUCAGUGAUUUAAUGAUUAUAUAAAGGAAUGAGGGAAUUAUGGGAAGGAGUGCAGGACGCUGACACCCUGGCCCAGAUGUUUUCCUCACUGCUGAGAGUCCAGAGGCAGAGCUCUGAAUCCUCGCCAUGGCUGACGUGCUGGAGAACGGCAGCGGCUCUGGAGCCGUCAGAGUGGCCAGCGUGGAUUGGCAGAAACGGUGCGUCGCUCUGGAGAUGCAGCUGCUGAGGUUCCGGCUCCAGGCGGGGAAAAUCCGGGAGCUGCUGGCAGAGAAGAUGCAGGAACUGGAGCAGAGGGUGAUGGAGGCUGACCAGCGGGCUGAGAGUGCCGAGAAACAGAUCCAUGUCAUGGAAGAAAAGCUGAAGUCUGCAAACAUAGAAACUAGCGAAACGGAAAGCUCGCAGUGCAGAAAGUAUCAAGACCUGACCAGUCAGGUUCAAGAAAAAGAUGCUGUGAUAAAGAGAUUAGAGAUGCAGCUGGAAAAACAGAUCUUAGUCAGAGCCCAGGAGGCAAAAAUUAUUGAGGAGAAGGCGGCCAAGAUUAAAGACUGGGUCACCUUUAAGCUUAGAGAGAUGGAGCAAGAAAACCAGCAGCUGAAAAUGGCCAACCUGAAGCAGACGGAGCAGAUCAUGUUGCUGCAGGACAAACUACAAGCUCUCUUAGAGAAACCUGCAUCCUCUGGAUCACCUGCCACUUCCCCUGUAAUGGAUACCCACCUGGUGCCCAGCAGUCCGCUGUUUCCUCCCAGCUGCCCCGGCACACCACCUGCCCAAGAUGACAGCUGGAGACAGCCAGGUCCCCGUGGUGCUGCCUCUAAUAUCAAGACCUCGCCAACAGAUGUGAAAAGGACUCCUGAACAGUCCAUUAAAGGGAUUUGCUUUGGAGACCUUACAGUCCAUGAUGCUCUCUCUCAGGGUUGGAGCAGGGAGGGUCCCAGCAGCCCUGUUUCCAUUAGUGGCCCAGAGCUCUCAGUGGGCCCAGAGGGUCAGUCAGGGGGCUCUGACAGAGACAACUCCUCUGAUGAGCUCAACAGCAAGUUCCGCUCUCAGUGCCUUCACUCGUCCUCUUCCUCUUCCUCUUCAUCUUCAGCCUAUGAGAUGGCCCAUGGACCAAGCUCCCCAGAAUCCACCAUCAGAUUAACACCCAGAAGCCCGCUGCUGUCGCGCUCCCCCUCUACCAACAAUCCAUUCCCGAAUCCUCCAGUUCACCAGUCAGGUACUAGUAUGACGUUACCCAAAGUACGGACUCCGCUCACUCCCAGAGACAGCAUCCAGCUGGUUAAGAAGCACUACAGCCAGCCGCAGCCCAGCCUGGACAGACUUCACCACCUCAACGUUAACAUAGACAUCAUGACCCCAUCCUCCACUUCCUCCACCCUUAAGAGCACAGGCACUGCUACUCUGCCCUUCUCACAGGUUGUGGAAGAAACAGACAUUGAUGAUGGGCUUUCUGACAGCAUGGAUGGGGUGGUGGAAGGGUCAGGAUCGGAGGAUCCGUCCCGGGAUGGAGUCUCCUUUGUGGGACUUGCAGAAGAACUGGAGCGGCUGGAUCCAGAGGUUCUGAAGCCACCAACACCUCCUUUACACCGCUUUCCUUCUUGGGAAAGUCGAAUCUACGCUGUGGCUAAGUCGGGAAUGAGAGUAUCAGAGGCCAACCCUGGGGCCAGGGGCCCUGGACGAGUUUCAAACUUACCCCAAUAUCCAGCGGCAGGUCCAUUUACCCAGCUGAUCUAUAAGAAUAUCAACGUACCAGUCUAUACCACACUGAAAGGGAAAGCCACUCAAAUCAGCAGUGUACCUCUACCCGAGGAGGACUCUGGGUCUGAGGACGACAGCAGCUCUCUGGCCAGUUUACGGACAUCCACUCUGAGCCCGGAGAGGAAAGGCAGCGUCCCUGGGAGCCCGCGGGCCGUCAAGAGAGGUGUGUCUAUGUCCUCCAUCAGCUCAGAGAGUGAUUACGCCAUUCCCCCUGAUGCCUACUCCCUGGACAGUGACUACUCUGAACCAGAGCAUAAAGUCCAGAGAACCUCUUCAUAUUCCUGUGAGAGCACUGGGCCUGAGAUGCUGGAGAAGUCUGGGUAUCUGCUGAAGAUGGGCAGUCAGGUCAAAGCCUGGAAACGCCGCUGGUUCAUCCUGAGGAAUGGAGAGAUCCUCUACUACAAAUCUCCCAGUGACGUGAUCAGGAAACCUCAGGGUCAGAUUGAGCUGAACUCGUCCUGCCGUAUAGUGCGUGGAGAAGGAGCGCAGACCUUUCAAUUGAUUACAGAGAAGAAGACCUUCUAUCUGACCGCCGACUCACCCAACAUCCUGGAGGAGUGGAUCAGGGUUCUGCAGAACAUACUCAAAGUCCAGGCCAGCAGUCCACUUACAGUGGAGACCACCGGCAAGCCCACCGUGAGAGGCUGGCUUACGAAGGUCAAACACGGACACUCAAAGCUGGUGUGGUGUUCUUUGGUCGGAAAAGUCUUCUACUACUAUCGUAAUCAGGAAGACAAGUUGCCUCUCGGGCAGCUGCAGAUGCGGGAGGCCUCGGUGCAGGAAGUGGAUCGUUCCUGUGAUUCAGAUGAGGACUAUGAGACAGGCAGUCGAGGUUUCCUGUCCUCCCACUGCACCUUAGUGGUGCAGCCAAGAGACCAGAGUCCUACGUACCUGCUCAUCGGCACCAAGCAGGAGAAGGACACGUGGUUGUAUCACCUGACGGUGGCAGCAGGCAGCAGUGCGACCUUCAAAGUGGGCACAGAGUACGAGCAGCUCAUUGGGAAACUCCUCGAUGCAGAAGGAGACCCAGAAUCGGCCUUGUGGAAGAGCGAAGCCUUGAGCUUCUGUAAGGAGGGCCUGCACUCGCCUCUCACCACUCUGCCCUCUGAAGCUCUGCAGACUGAAGCUCUCAAGCUUUUCAAGUCCUGUCAGCUCUUCAUCAACGUGCUGGUCGAGUCUCCGUCUGUCGAUUACCACACCUCGCUGGCCCAGAAUGCUUUGCAGGUGUGCCUGACCCACCCGGAGCUGCAGAAUGAAAUGUACUGUCAGCUUAUCAAGCAGACCAACCGCCGGACGCCACACAACUACUCCCUCACGCAGUGCUGGCAGCUGUUGUCUCUGUGUGUGGCUCUGUUCCUUCCUCAACAACAGUUCCUUUGGUACCUGAGGCAGUACCUGCAACGCAAUGCUGACCCAAGGAGUGAGGUGGGGAAGUAUGCAGUGUACUGUCAGAGGUCUGUGGAGCGAACGCUGCAGAAUGGAGAGCGCGAGGCCAAACCUUCACGUAUGGAGAUCGUCUCCAUCCUGCUGAGAAACCCCUACCACCAUUCACUGCCAUUCAGCAUCCCGGUACACUUCAUGAACAACACGUACCAGGUGGUGGGUUUCGACGGCUCCACCACAGUGGAAGAGUUCCUCAACACGCUGAACCAGAGGAUUGGCGUGAGGAAGCCUCAGCUGUCUGGGUUUGCCCUCUUUACAGAUGAUCCAUCAGGCAAAGACCUGGAGCACUGCCUGCAGCCGUCUGCCAAGAUCUGUGAUGUCAUUUCCAAGUGGGAGCAGGCCCUGAAGGAGCUGCACCCUGGGAAGAACGAGGGGACACGGAUCGUCCGCUUAACAUAUAAGAGCAGGCUGUGUUUCAGAUCUCAGGUGAAAGGAGAGACAGAGCGAGAGCGCCUCCUGCUGGCGUACCAGGUGAAUGAUGAAGUUCAGCAAGGCCACUUUCCUGUGAACAAAGAGCUGGCUCUGGAGGUGGCUGCCCUCAUGGCGCAGGUUGAACACGGUGAUUUGGAGAGACCGGCUGCCUCCUCUCCUACCGGCUCUCCUCAGCCUAAAUCUCAGCUGAUUCUCCUGCAGGCCUUAGAGCGUUUCUACCCUAAACGCUACAAACAGGACUGCAGCUCAGAGCAGCUCCGAGAUCUCACUGAGCGUUUGGCUACUAAGUGGUCUAUGUUACGCGGGUGCAGUGCACCCGAGUGUGUGAGAAUAUACCUGACGGUGGCUCGGAAAUGGCCCCUGUUUGGAGCCAAACUCUUCAGUGCGAAGCCUGUCCCGCCCUCUCCUGUUGAGCAGAGCCAGGUGUGGCUGGCAGUCAAUGAAGACGGAUUGUGUGUGCUGGACUAUGCAAUGCACAUGCUGGUCACGUACUCCUACCAGUCUGUGAUUACCUUUGGUGGUUACCGUGACGAUUUCAUGGUGGUCACAAGCCAGCAGAAGGAGGCGGGAGUUGGGAAGAAGAGCGUGGAGAAGUUGGUCUUUGCAAUGGCUAAACCAAAGAUACUGGAGCUGACUCUGCUCAUGGCCAGCUACAUGAACCACUGGAACCCCAGCCUCCCGCCGGCCUCACACCAGCCCCUCGGUCACUGGGACGUUGACAGCAGGCACUUCCCCGCGAUGAACUACACCACCAAGGGCCCCACACUACUGUGAAUUGCGCAAGCAACAAGUACAACAAAGACUGUUUAGCUACAGCAGGGGGAGGAGGAGGAGGAGGUUUGAUGAGCGUUACCUUUAGUCUGCCUUCAUAUAAAGUGAGUUGAGUUGCAUGUAUGGGUUUUACAUUUUUACAGAAACGGUACUAGGAAAUAAUUUUUUCAAGCGUUUUUUUUUUGUUGUUGUUGUUGUUUUAAUGAAUAUUUAGAUUUAGAAAAGUCAGGAUCAGUCAGCUCAGACUAUUUAUUUCUACAACAAAAGAAGUUUUUGACUCUGCUUUAUGCAGGAGUACAGCUAUGUUCUAUUUUCUUGUUAAAAUUGGACUUUGGAAUUAUUUUUUAAACUUACACUAGUGAGCUUGUAGAAACUCGUCACGUUUCCACCUGCACUGUGAUGAGAUUUUUUAAUUCGUGUUUACCGGUCUUUCAGACGUCAGGCUCUUUUCUUUCACAUAAACGCAUAAAGUGUUGCCUUCUGAGAGCUGGUUUGACUGGAAUACAGUGUCGUGUGCCACUGUGUAUUUACCAUUUGUACUUGACACUGAAGUAUAGUCUGAAUUCAUUUUGUGAGAUACUGUGCAAUUAGAAAAGGGAGACAGAUAAGACAAGUGAGACUACAGCUUCACAGUUUUUAGUUUCUUAAUUUGAUGUAAUCAAUAGAGCGUUUAGGGCCGCGAUGAACAAUUAUUUUCAUUUCAUUAUUACUUCAUUACAUUAUCUUUUUCUUUUUUUUGUCCAGAAAAUGCCAGAAAAUAGGAACACGUUCUAUCACGUUUAAGUUGACAACAGCCUAUCUAAUGUCAAAGAAAAUUAGAAGAGGAAAUAUUCACAUAUAAGCUUCUGAAACCACUAAAUAUUUGCUUAAAAAUAAAAAAACACUUAAAUGAUGAAUUAUAAAAAAAAUCUAUAAACGAAUCAAUUAGUCAACUAUUCAUUCCAAUCCGGCCGUAACACAAUUUGGUUUUCGUCAUAAAAUUGAGGUCAUGUUUAAGGAACCUUUUGUAAGCCUUUUCUGUUGUUUUAACAGCAUGUUAAUAUUUAGCUCGCUUAUCUAGCAGGUCAAAUGAAAGUUUUGAGCAAUUUGGCCGAGAACCGAAAUAUAUAUUCAGCGAGGGAUGGGAUAUAAAGGGUCAUGAAACAGUGAAAUAUUAUGCCUAUAAUGGAUCUGUGAAGUUUUAUCAGUGCAGCGUGUUCGUAUGUUCAUUUUCCUGAUGGUCCUCCAGUGACGUCUCUCUGAAAUCUUUAAGACACACACAGCAUGUUUAAAAUCAGGUCACUCGGUGUUGUAACAAUCAACAAACAAAAGGAGAGUACACAAAAGAGCUACCAAAAUAUUUUAAUGACUUGAACUGUUUUGGAUCAAACCACUGUCUCGCUCGUGUCCAUGUUAGUUAUUUAUUUUAUUUCAGCAUUUUUGUAUUUCCUGUUUGUAUUGGAAGACUUACAGUUAUAGCAGAGUAAUUUAAGAGCAGAGUAUGUUUGGUUACUGCGUCUGUAUUGUAAUGUGUUAGAAAUGUGUGAGAGAUGGUGUCUUUAUGUCGUAUGUGUGUGUGAUAAUAAAAUAAACGGUACAACAGUUCA